AAGAAGUUCAAGAAAAAUCAAUUACACUAAUUCAAGUUGAAACUGAAUUUCAAACCGGCAUGUUUCAAACAUUAAAUAAUAUUCGUGGGCAAGAAAUAUUCGAUGAAUCUUUUAUAAAUUUAGAUUCAAAAAAAGAAAUAUAUGGCCGUAGUAUUGGGCUAUGCAAAAAGGCUUUAAAUUUGGCGAUCUUAAACAAUUCUAGCGAAGCUUUUGAAGAGCUUUUACAACAAUUUAUUAAAAAGCAAAAUAAAAUGUCUACAGAAUCUUCCGAAGAUUCUAAUAACAUUAAUAAUAUCACAGAUCUGAUUCAGCACAAAGGGAAAGGCCGACCUACAAAUAAAAGAUACUU